CUAGUAUCGCGAGAUUAUGGCAAGACCUAUUUAAAUUGCAGCCAAGCACGUAAAGUCCCUCAUUCAUUCAUUGAAAGAGCUGGACUGUGGGUGCUCCGAGGCAUAAAAUGGCAGCUGGAAACGCUCAUAUUGGGAAGCCUGCUCCAGACUUCACAGCCAAAGCUGUGAUGCCAGAUGGACAGUUUAAAGAUCUCAAGUUGUCUGACUACAGAGGAAAGUAUGUAGUGUUAUUCUUCUACCCACUGGACUUCACCUUUGUGUGCCCUACUGAGAUCAUCGCCUUCAGUGAUGCAGCUGAGGAGUUCAGGAAAAUCAACUGUGAGGUUAUUGGUGCCUCUGUUGAUUCCCACUUUUGUCAUCUUGCUUGGAUAAACACCCCUCGCAAGCAAGGUGGUUUAGGACAUAUGAAUGUUCCUCUAGUGGCAGAUUCCCUCCGUUCUAUAUCUCGAGACUAUGGCGUACUUAAGGAAGAUGAGGGCAUUGCCUACAGAGGUCUUUUCAUCAUUGAUGACAAAGGCAUUCUGAGGCAGAUCACCAUCAAUGACCUCCCGGUGGGGCGUUCCAUUGAUGAAACCCUGCGCUUGGUGCAGGCCUUUCAGUUCACCGACAAACACGGAGAAGUUUGCCCAGCCGGAUGGAAGCCCGGAAAAGACACAAUUAAACCUGAUGUCCAGCAGAGCAAAGAUUACUUCUCCAAACAAAACUAAACACACAAGACUUUGUAGUAUAGUCUAAAUGUCCAUACAGGGACUUUAAAAACAGAAGCAGUAACUAGUGCUACUAGUCAAGCUCGCCUGUGUAUGAGUGAUAGUUGUUAUUUAUAUCAUGUGUUACGUGUUGUUAAAAGUGAAGACAUUAGGACCAAAGUGUAUAGAGUCAAACGCUCAUUUGCAUAUAUCUUAAUGCCCAGUUGAAAAGAGAUGUUAUGAAUGUGAGGCAAUAUAGCCUAGCUUGUACUGUCACUAAAAUUUUGCAUUUCAGAUAAUAAAGGAUUUACAUCAA